CCUCCCGUCCAUGGAGCGAGUCCUCACCGUCCUGCAUGUGAGCCUGUACCAUCCCGAGCGGGACCCGGCCAUCUUUGCCAAGGUCCCACCACAGCUGCAGCAUGGUACCAGCCCGCUGCUGGUGGGGCGGGCCCCGGAAGCCCACCUCCAGCUGCAGCUCCCCCACCUCUCCCGCCGACACCUGUCCCUGGAGCCCUACCGGGAGAAGGGCAGCGCUGUGCUGACCUUCUGCCUGAAGGCCCUGAGCCGCAGGGGCUGUGUGUGGGUCAACGGGUUGACUUUGAGGUUCCUGGAGCAGCUUCCUCUGAGCCCAGUCAACAGGGUCGCCUUCUCCGGCAUCCAGGUGGUGGUCCGCAUAGAAGGGGGCACCUCGCUGGAGGGCUUCGUCUGCUGCUUCCAUCUCAGCCCCUCACCCCUGAUUCACAGGCCACAGGCUGAGGAGACUGAUGAAUGGGAGAGCACCUCCCAGGGGCAGCCUCCCCCAGGUUCUGGGCCACGGGCACCAGGUCACCAGGGGCUUCUCCAUUGCCCUUCCCUGCCUAGCCCUGGAGGAGGAGCAGAAACACAGCUCCAGAAGGAGAUCUCAGAUAGUAUGUUGUGCUAGCCCCACUGGCUGCCCAGAGCAAGCCUCGCCUGUAUGAGAACUUGAACUCUUGGAGGGACACCACGCAGAGGUUGACCAGCAAGACCUGCCGGGUAACAAUGAACUGAUUCUGCAAAUAUGCACAGCCUGGGGAGGGGGUUGGGGGGGGGCCGCGGCACACCCUCCGUGCUUACAGCUCUGCAAGGUAAUGGGAGCUUCCUAUACUUUUAGAGGCCCUGAGGGGUUCGGAGAGCCUCUCUCAAGCCUUUCCCCACCUUUCCCUCCUCUUGUCUGCCUAGGAGUUACUUUAUGUUGCUAAUUUCGUGUGUUGCUUAAGAGCUGGAGUUUGAGGUUGCGCCAGGAAUGCAUGGACACAUGUAACAAUUACGUUUGUGGUAGCUCGGGGUUACCUUGGGCUUUCAAAUACCCACAGGCACUCCGGGCUUAGGGAAGCCUGUGUUUAAUAAACUGCAAGUAUUUCAUUAAACUGGCAUACCAAUAGGAUCCCCUGACCCCCAGAUGGGCUGCAUGCUCGCCGUGUUGUCACGCAGAGGCGGGGGUGGGAAGUAGAGAAGAGGUGUAAGAGGAAAUUGGAAAGGUGGGGGCUCACAUUUCUGGAAAGGAUGCGGGCAGAGCUCAGGGUUUCCCUGCAUGGUGGGGAGCUGGGGGCUGAGCCUGCCUGGAAAUUCAAUGUCCCAGUCAUCCUCAGGCUCCCUCCCUGUGUCAUUUCUGGAUCAAAACCUUGGCUGAUCAGAGGGCAAGGUCUUCAGGGAAAGGUAGCUUCCCAGAGCAAUGGGCUCUUUCAGAGGGUGGGGAGGGAGGUUGUGGUAGAAUUCAACUCAGCCGUUUGACUCAAAAUGGCCAUUAGGGGUGGGGUUGUCUUUCAAAAAUAGGGGACAAGUAGUGAGCCAGGCGGACCAAGGGUGGGACAGCUUUCUCAGUGAACAGGGGAGCUGAACACAGGCACUCACUCUUCAUGUCAUUCUAGUGGCAGUGGGGGAUUGGAAGUGUCAUUUAAGAACAGCAUUCACCUGUGUAAGGAAGUGAGGGACGUACAAACCCGGGGGGUCGUCAUCAUCCUAGAUCCUGCUCUAGGAUAUCUGAGACACUGAGGCCAUGGGGCUGCCUACAGGCUGGCUCACAUCCUCUGGCCUCUAACCACCUCCAACAAGUAUUUCAACACUCUCUACUUCCCACCCAUGAAGAAAAACCCAUUUGCACCCAAGGCAGCCUACAGGGACAUUCAGCUGCCCUGCCCAUUCCUCCCUGAGCAUCGCCUCCCGGGGGAAGAUAGCAGUGGGCAGGACCCUGGCCUGUUCUGGCUGGGGAAGCUUCCCUUUUAAUAGGGAAUAAGGCAAGGACCCCGAGGUUACAGGUACAAGGCACAGGAGGGCAAGGGCUAUAAGGAGAAGGGGCUGUCCAAUACAAUGAAUGGCCCCUCAGGUCCCCCAAGCAGUCCUUCACUCAGUCAUUCAACAAACUUUCACCAGAUGCUAUGCAAAGCCCCAGGAACCCCCAGUGAACUAGUCAGGCAAAGGCCUUGCCCUCAGAGAGUUUAUGUGGGCUCACGAAAGACACCUGUGGAGGAGCUAAUCACUUCAUUACUUGAUCACCACUAUUACUGGUGCUGUAAAUGCUGUGUUUUCUCUGUCUUCAAGCUGGAGUUAACAUUCACAGUACCAUUAAGUGGCCAUGUCUGAUGAGUGCUUACUGUGUGCUCAGCGCUCUGCCAGGUGCCACGUGACUUGCUCGGCUGAAUCCUCAAAACACCCAGACAGAUCAUGGUAUUAACACAUUGUAUUGAUGAGGAAAUCAAGACUUAGAAAGGGCAUCUUGUGUGGCAUAUAUGAACAAUGGAAUAGUAUGCAGCCACCAAAAAGAUGAAAUCUUGCCAUUUGC